CUGGGGUGUACAUGGAGAGAGGAGAUAGUUUCCAGGGUGUGAGACCACCACCUCUCCUCCAGCAUGGUGUGUCUGUGGCUCCCCAGAGGCCCCUGUGUGGCAGCUGUGGUCCUGACGCUGAUGGUGCUGAGUCCUCCCGUGGCGUUGGUCAGGGACCCCCGACCACGGUUCUUGCAACAAGUGAAAAGUGAAUGCCGUUUCUCCAGUGGGAUGGAGCGGGUGCGGUACCUGCAGAGACACAUCUACAACCAGGAGGAACACUUGCGGUUUGACAGCCGUGUGGGCAGGUACCAAGCGGUGACCGAGCUGGGACGGAUCCAAGCCGAGUACUGGAACAGCCAGAAGGGCUUCCUGGAGCAGAAGCGGGCCAAGGUGGACACGUUCUGCAGAUUCAACUCCGCCAUCGUGGAGAUAUUAACUGUGCAGCAGAGAGCUGAGCCCAAGGUGACUGUGUACCCGACAAAGACGCGGCCCCUGGACCACCACAACCUCCUGGUCUGCUCUGUGAGCGGCUUCUACCCCGGACACAUUGAAGUCAGAUGGUUCCGGAACGGCCAGGAGGAGAAGACUGGGGUCGUGUCCACCGGCCUGAUCCGGAAUGGAGACUGGACCUUCCAGACCCUGGUGAUGCUGGAGACGGUUCCUCAGAGUGGAGAGGUUUACACCUGCCAGGUGGAGCAUCCCAGCCUGACCAGCCCUGCCAUAGAGGAGUGGAGGGCACAGUCCACAUCUGCACAGAACAAGAUGCUGAGUGGAGUCGGGGGCUUCGUGCUGGGUCUGCUCUUCCUCGGGCUGGGGCUGUUCAUCUACUUCAGGAACCAGAAAGGACAGUCUGGACUUCAGCCGACAGGACUCCUGAGCUGAGGAGAGGUGACAAGGCUGAAGGAAGAAGUCCCCUGUCUCCAUGGCAUGAAAACGUGUCCUGUCUGGUUCGCAUUCCUCCAUUGACAGUGCUUUCCCAGGACCCGGCUCCUCCUGACUCUGGACCUGCAGACCUGUGCUCCUUGUUCAACCCCUAGCCGCAGCCUGGCAUCCCCUGGGACAGAAGGCCCCCCUGACCUGCCCUUUGCCUGGUGCAUCUGAAUCUAUCUGCUGCCACAGUGCCUGCUGUCCUGGAUGGUUUUAUGUCAACAUGACACAAGCUAAGUCUCCAGAGAGGAGGGAACCUCAAGUGAGAAAAUGC